GGCCAGGGGAUGCCACUAUACGACGUAGCGCUGGCUGGCCACAGCAUGCUGAGGCCGGCGAGCACUGAACUACUUGCCUGCUCCCUCCUCACCAUACUAUGUGGUCAUGCGGCCACAGCAUGAUGUUCAAGUGCUGCAUUGCCAUGGAGGGAUCUUCGCAUUCAAGCUACAUGCUACUCUCCCAAUGAUUUUGCGCUCCGACCAAGUCGACGAGGGACUCCCGACCAGCCUCAUUAUUCUGCUCAUCGUGUGCGUAUUUGUCGGAUUCGCCGCAAUCCUAUGGUGCUUUUUCACGACAUGCGUGGGCCGCGAGGCACUGCUACAGCUCAGACACUGGCUGCGCGAGCGGCGGCAAGGGCGGACAAGUGGCGGACAAGGGUGGACGCCCUUGCCGAUACACAACCAAGACGAUGAUCAGCGGUGAGCAUGAGGGCUUUUAAUUUUUUCACGCUGAAUUAGAAAUGCUAGAACUACUUCGCUCGCGAUGCGAGUUCAAUU